UAACAAGUGAAGUAUAAACUUGCCCAUGUAUUACACAUAAGUAUUUGCAUACUCCUCCUCAGUCAGACGCGCAUCCUUCUGACCUUCUCUCACCUGUUCACUUCUGCUGACACACAUUUUCAAGAACAGAAAUAUCAAGCUCAUCUUCCAUGACUAUCCAAAGGAUAAGCAUGCACACAACUUUCUCCUGCCACACAUAUUGCUUUGUUCCAUCCAAAUUUUGAACUGCUUGCCUUGAGCAGUAUUUUGAACUUUUCACUUACGGAGGGAAUCAAGCUGUGACGACUUGAAGGAUUGAAUGUCGCCUUCUUCCUCUUUCCUUCGCAAUUGGUGUUGAGUUUCAGACGGGGAAGCCCUGAUAAAGAUAAAGAGCCCCGAGCUUCCCGUCCUCGGAUUCAGUUCUCUCCCGGAUUCCCAACACCACACUCAGCCGCACGGUGAAAUCAAUCCCAGGCCCGACUAACCCUUCUGCUUCAACCCGUCUCAUUCCUGCCCCACCUGCCAAUUCGAAAGCAUUACAACUAUUCCUACCUCGCAAUUGGCUAUUUUGGUGUUAAAAGUUGAAAACCGAAAACUGUAAAGUUUCUUUGAUCCAAUACCCCUCAAAUUGUGAACAUUUAUGUUUAUUUUGUUUGUUAUAUAAUCUGAGAUAUUAUUCAAAAUCACGGAAUCGUAUACAAGGACAGACUUCCCUAUUUUGCAUUUGAUCCAAAAUUGGAACCAAUACGGAACUUUGUAAAUCUUCUGGUUAUAUUUGAUCGAAAGGAUUUACGACUUAGGAAAAUAUAAACAUAGCAUAAAGUGGAUAUUUAAAUAAAUAAAUAAAUAGGAAAACUUUACAUAGUUGAAUAAUCUCAAAACUUUUGUAAAUUUAAGACAAAAUACAUAAUUCGUCUUUGCAUGUUGAUCGGCUUGUUAAAACUUUUUGAAUCUGGAUUCAUCGAAUCGUUCGGAAUUGGAUGGUGAGCUAUGGCAGUUGUUGACCACAUUUGCUAGCUAGCUUUCAUUGUCGUCGCUAAACUACAACCGCUAAAAUGGAGACGAAUUCCAUAGAAAGUUUCGAAUCCUCCGAUCUAAUCCUGGGCGAGUCCGGGCUUGGAGUGGACAAUGUUGGCGGUGGCAACAUAUCUCUGACCAUGGACAGAUCAUUUACCACAAACUCGUCUCAAAUGGAACAGCUACUGCAGCUGCAUAGCGCAAUGGCCAGGUUUAAGAAUUACACGCUUCAAGCCAAAUCUUGCGAACCGGACGACGCCGUGGACGUGUACUCAAUGGCCACGACCUACAAGCAGUUUCAUGGAUACAUCGCACUCACGGUUUGCAUCUUUGGUGCCAUUGCAAACCUUUUAAUUAUGGUCGUGUUGCGACGGAAGGAAAUGCACACGCCGGUGAACCUGAUGCUGUUCGCCCUGGCAAUUGCUGAUCUCUUAAUCAUGGUGGAAUAUAUUCCAUUCGCACUUCACAUGUAUUUAGUGGAUCAAGAUUUGGAGGACAAGUAUUCGUAUGCCUCCGCCGCGUUCGUCUUCUUCCAUGUUCACUUUACACAAAUACUUCAUACAAUUUCAAUACAGUUGACUCUGACAAUGGCGAUAUGGCGUUAUGCGGCCAUCAAAUGUUCGACCAGCUCAGUCACUUUUUGCACGUUUAAACGCUGCUACCAAGUCAUAUUUGCAGCUUAUAUCUGUCCCCUUUUCUUUUGUAUUCUGAACUAUCUCUACUUCCAAAUUGUACCGAAAACAAAAUAUGUAACCUACGGACCACGACCAUUCGACGAAAUAGAAGGCAACGACGAGGAAAAGCUCCAUAUUUUCCAAACCGUUUGCAAAUUUCUUCACAUGCAUUCUUGUUCCAUAAAAAAGGUGGAGUUGUACAUUGUGGAAUCCUCGGAUCUCGUGAAAGAAUAUCCAAUUCUGCACACGAUUCACUUUUGGACAUUUUCGGUUCUCAUCAAACUCAUCCCUUGCGUCGUGCUGACCUUUUUCAUGUGCUGGAUGGUCAAUACCCUCUAUAAGGCCAGACGUCACCACAAAAUGUUGGAGAACAAGUCGGCCCUCCCCAUGAGUCAAAUUACGACGACCGCUGCAGCUGCUGGGAAGAACGGGGAGUGCCAACCCUUAUCCCCCUCAAAGGGUGGGGGGACUGGUGGUGGCAACAAACUCAUACACCCGGAAGUCCAACAGCCCAACAAGACGAAAGGUGGGAAUGCAGUCUCCCCAUCACGCUCCAUCCGUUUCACUCCUGCAACCAAACAGGAAAAAAAUCAAGAUGAAAGCGAGAGUCCUAAAGCGUCCUUGCUGGCAGCGGAGCAUCACGGCAACGGGAGCGUGGUCGGAUCGAACGUGAACCUUUCACUCCACCCGAGCCCACAACAUGCUAAUUCCCUUGUGGUGAAUGACCAAGUGAUCGGGACAGAUAGCCGACGAGCUUCGGCUGGUUCAGGUGCCACAGAGGAAAACUUUGGUACUCUUUCCGGUGGGGUCAGACGCUUUACGAAGGGUUUCAUCCGACUCCCAUCCCUUCGGAGGCAAAGUGCUGACAAGGGUACUAAAUCCGGCAAGGGUUGCAAAAGGACAGAUCGCACCUCCAAAAUGUUGAUUGCUGUUUUGCUUCUCUUUCUACUGACCGAAUUUCCACAAGGAAUUAUGCAUUUCCUUACGGGAUGGUACGGCCCAGAAUUCCUCCGUUGCAAGUACAAUCCAUGGGGCGAGAUAUGGGACGUUUUAGCCCUCAUCAACUCAGGCAUCAACUUCAUUCUCUACUGCUUCAUGAGCAAACAAUUCCGAACACAGUUUCAAAUUUCUUUUAAACUUCACCUAUGUUUCAAGAGGCCAAAGUGGAUCACUCUCUCCACGUGCAACAACCAAGCCACCGUGUCCACCACUGUAUAAUUAGUUACUUUACAGCAGGGUCUCUAGGCCCACGUUUGGUAAGUAGGAAACCUCUGAAUUAUCCGAAUGAUUAUCAAUAUUCUAAUAAGGAAGGAUAACGGUCCACAUUAUCUGUACCAAAUUGUUGCAAAAUAAUAUAUGUGCAUCCAAUUGUCUCGGUGAAAGUAAAUAUGUCCUCCAUCGUUGAUUCUGAUAUAAUUGUUUUAGUCACAAAAUGUACGCAGCUAUUUUAACAGUGAAAAGUAUCAACUACAACAAUUGAAGAUUACUUAGUCAUUGUAAAGUGUAGGUAAUGCGAUGCGUGGUGCUAUUAGAUUACAGGGUUAUAGUCGAUGUCUGUAUCCAAAAUCAUAUUUAAAAAAUAUUAAAUUAUUCCAAUUUGGGCUGAUGAAUUAAUAGUUUGUGGAAUCGAGUGACCUGGAGUAUUGUGAUACUCAGACUAAAAUAAAAUAUGAAUAAUAUAUACGUAUUCAUAAUAUAAUACGUAUUAAAAUAAAUAAUGAGAAUCAUGUACCUCUAUUCAUAUGUAGGUCUUAUUGUAGUAUCACGGUGCUGUACUUCUUGUUUUCUCCUAUUAUUAGGAGCAUAAAAUCUAAACAAUAACGGUACGUACAGUGGCCAAGUACUGCAAGACAUAGCUUAUGAUAGAAUCAAAAAUGCUUUAAGAAAUCAAGGUUCCACUAAAAAUGUUAAGUAUGUGAAUUUGAGAGUUGCAUUGGAUAUUAUUAUGUGAAUGUGAUGAGAAUAAUUUAUAAAUGUUAAAGUGUCGUAUUUUAGUGCGUGUGAAGCUGACAUAUUCACACACGACAUAUUUAUCCCUCAGUCCUGUACAUAGUUUGAACCUGUAUAUAAAUCAUUUUAAAUUUACUAAGCAAUGGAUUUUUUAAAUUAAAGAUUGAUUUCCACAUAUUGUUUUAAAUAUUAUGUAAAUGUGUACAUAUGCCAGGAUUUAUAUUACCAUUUGAUGUAUACGAUGUGAUUCAUUUGUUUAUUGUUAAUAAAUAAAUAUUUCAGGA